CGAACAUCUUUAAUCUUUAAUUAAUGCUACUAUAUAUAUAUAUAUAUAUAUAUAUAUAUAUAUAUAUAUAUGACAUUUUAUUUUAUAUAUACAGAGCCUUAACCUUAUAAAUCUCCUACGGCACUGUCUACUCUCACGUUCAUCAACUCACUUUCCAUAGCUAUGCGAAGAACUGUGAUGCUCAACAUGUUGCAAACUCGUCACCCCCAAUUUCUAGCGAUUAUUCCCUUUCUCUUUUUAUAUACUUUGACAUGCUCCGAAACCGCAACAACCACUUCCAUCCCACAAGAGCUUCACAUAGGCUUCUCGGCGACGGCAGAGUCUUCAACGACGCCGUUUCAGGCAGUUCUGAGCGACCAUAGUGGCAACUUCUCUCUAGGCUUCCUCCGCGUGAACCAAAACCAGCUGGCACUGGCGGUCCUCCACGUGGCAUCCUCGGAGCCAUUCUGGGUGGCCAACCCAACCCACGCAGCAUCCUGGUCCGACACCACGCGCCUCUUCUUCAACGGCAGUCUUGUUUUGUCAGACCCCGAAACGCGCGUUUCGUGGUCAACCGCCACAAACAACGGCGACCGCGUUGUGCUCCUCAACACCUCCAAUUUACAAGUUCACGACAAAGGCGGCACUCCCUUGUGGCAGAGUUUUCACUUUCCCGCAAAUACCCUCGUCCAGGACCAGAAUUUCACCUCCAACAUGACUCUUUUGUCCUCCAACGGCAUUUAUUCUAUGCGGUUAGGCAACGAUUUCAUGGGCCUAUACGAAAACCACGACUCGUUAUAUUGGAAACGCACGCCACUGGGAGCAAAAGCGGAAGUAAAGGAAGGGCAGGGACCGAUUUACGCCCGAGUCAACCCGGAGGGUUACCUCGGGAUGUAUCAGACAAGCGACGAGAAGCCCGCGGAUGUUCAAAAGUUCAACACGUUCCAACUAACGUCGUCGUUUUUGUUGCUGCGGUUGGAACCGGACGGGAAUCUGAAGGGUUAUUACUGGGACGGUUCCAGGUGGAUGCUUAACUACCAGGCGAUUACUGAAGCCUGCGAGCUCCCCCGCUCCUGCGGUUCGUACGGUUUGUGCACGCCGGGUGGGUCAGGAUGCUCCUGUUUAGAUAACCGAACCCGGUUCGAACCGGGUGGGUGUUUUAAUGAUGCUUCUUCUGGAGACGCAGACUUGUGUAGUAGUGAAGGAAUUGGUGGAAAAAGUAGUUACUGGGUGCUAAGAAGAACCGGAGUGGAGGCAGCGCAUAAGGAGCUACUAAGGCACGUAACGACGUCGUCUCUGGCGGAGUGUGAGGGAUUGUGCCAGAACAACUGUAGCUGUUGGGGGGCGCUGUAUAGCAACGAAACCGGGUUUUGUUAUUUGUUGGAGUAUACGAUCCAGACCUUGCUGGGUACCGGGGAUGGGUCAAAAGUGGGUUAUUUCAAGGUUAAGAAAGAGGAACGAAGAACGAAACGGGUUUGGAUACGGGUUGGGGUUGUGGUUACGGUUUUGGUUGGGGUUGGGGUUAUUAUUAUUGGGGUCGGGUUUUGCGUGACGAGAUGGAAAAAGAAGAGAGGGGUGAAGGAAGAGGAUUGGGGUUCGCCCGGCCCGUAUAAGAAUCUCGAAUCCGCAAGUUUUAGAUCCAUUGAAAUGAGCAAUAGUAACAGUGCCAACGAAUGACGCAAGGGGUGACGCAUGUGCUCUUAGUUGACAAUUGGUGGGGUCCAUCUAAUCUAAUGUUUGUUUUCUGUUGGUGUUGAGGUCCGGUGAAAAGGUACCGGAUUGUGUUGGUUUUCUCACCAACCAGGGGCGCAACUCUCGCAAGUGGCGGUUUCAAAAACAUGACUUCACUACAGUGUUAUGAUCAUAGCAUGGUAAAGUCAAUCAGCUUCAUAGACUGAACUUAAACUAAAUAAACAUUUGUCGGACGUGUCUUUUUUAUAUUUCAAUUUGACUUGAAACUGCCGCCGCCGCUUCAUUUGAAAGUGAGGCUCCAUUAGUUAAAACUCCUUGCUUGCUCACAGUCACAGAUAUGAACGUAAUGUAAUGCUCUUCCGGCCUUUAUCUUUUAUACUCUACAGUAAGGCCAAUUUAUUCAUUCUUUGAAAUUUCUGGGGGAGCCAAGGCCAUUUUAAUCUUCUUUUCCAUUUUUUAAUUUAUUUUGUCUACCAUGUUCGUUUUAUGUCAUUUUAUAUUUAUCAAGUAAAUAUGAUUUAACUAAGCAAGUAAAUAUGAUUUA